GAGAGAGAGAGAGAGAGAGAGAGAGAGAGAGAGAGAGAGAGAGAGAGAGAGAGAGAGAGAGAGAGAGAAUGGCUGUCAUUGUUGUAGUAUCGAAGUGGGUCUGUGGCCGUGACGUCGACGUCAAGGAGCUCAGAGACGAACAUAACGGGCACGACAGUCGUGACAUGGUUUUCUGGGAGGGUGUGACACGCCACGACGUUCGGUUCUAUGAAGUGCACGUCGACAAAGUCCAUGCGAUGGACAUGACGGCUGGAUUGGGGUAUGACGGUCACGGCGCUUUGAGCCACAUCCUCCUGUUCGUGAUGAAGAGGCAUUCGAUGGUCCCGAACAGAUUGGACGGGCCAGAUCGGGAUGCGGUGGGGGAUACCGUCAGACCCCUGGUGUCCGCCAUCGCCGAGGAGUUUGCGGGCCCCAUGGACGAUUCGACGAGGUACGACACAAUUCUCGACCCCCCUUUGGAGGGCAGGGGGUACUUGCACAGGCCUGGUGGACAUUUGGGAACCUAACGACGACCUUCGCGUCCGAAAUUGGUGAUCACCAUGGACGUAUGUCGAAUGACCAUGUGUCGUGAUGCGACUAUGGUGACGACACGACAUUGCUCGGGUGGACCGCAGUCAUCCGUCGUUUACUUCAGUGUAUGGCGGUUGGAGCAGUGGUGUAACAGUUUGUGUUUUGCCAUAGUUCUCGGGAUAGUGGGUGCGAGACAGAUUGAUUGUAGAGUGCUGGAACAGGUCAAUCCUUCCUCUUUAGGAAGCAAUCAAUGCCUGUUUCCAUG